CGAGCAAGGGCGUCGUUAUGAAGAAGAAGAUUGUAGGUGGGAAUCGCUUUGCUCGUGGAUGGAGAGCAAUGGAGGGGAUAUGGGCGGGUGCAGAAUCGCGAGGUGCCGUGAGAAUGAGGCGGCAGGACUUGCUCUUUAUGCACCUGCGUGCGACACAAAAAUACACGGGGUGGUUAUGGCUAUGCCGUCCGAAUUGGCGAUAACCCCAGCGACAGUGAUGUCCGAUCGUGAGUACGGAGUUGUGUACCAGGAGCUCCUGGAGAGUGAGCAGGUCGAUGAGCGACUUCUGGUUAUAGUUUUCCUUAUGGUAGAGCGAUGGAGGGGGCGGAAAUCAAAAUGGGCACCGUACAUUGACUUGUUGCCUGCGACCUUCACCGUGCCGCUUUAUUUCUCCGAAGAGGAGUUGAAGGAGAUAGAGGGGACCGUACUGCACUCAGCCACACUUUCCAAAAAGAAGGUGCUGCACAGGACUUACGAAGGCGUAAUAUGUCCAGUGCUCGAUGCUCUUUCCGCCACGGGGACUCUUGCGAGGGGCGACGACGACAAGUCGUUUCCGGCGUUCGAGGAUUUCCUUUGGGCUCAUUGUAUCUAUCUGUCACGGAGCCUUCAGUUCCCACAGCCAGGAUGGAGGCAGCCAAUGCAAGCGCAGCUUUGCGAGGGAAAGGGGGUGAAGAAGAGGGGCGGAAAGAGGGAGAAUGUUGUGGGAGACGGCAGGGGCCCGAUUCACGCGGCGGCGCUAAGCGGUGCGGCAGAAGGGGACAAGGGCUCUACUACUGUGCGGGCGUCAACUGCUGCUGCAAUUGAAGGCAGUGAUGGGGCAACUGAUAGGGGGAUCGAUAGGGUGGUCCAUGAUGGGGGGGAUUUAACUGGAGUGGUAGAACGAGGUGGGAGGAGGUUAAUUGGUGUAGCAGACGGCGGGGUGGAAAAUAGUCCCACUGAAGGCGGUAGUGGCUUAAUUGCUGCAGAGGGGGAUGGGGAUGGUGGGGUGCAAACUCCUUUGCACCUUACCUCUUUGGGGGUCAAUGAUGGGUCUGCAGGGUAUGGCUGGCAGGGCGACAGGUCAGAGUGCGGCAGUAUCGUCGGCAAAGUGGAACAUGAACCGCUGAGGAAUCUCGAAACGCAAGAGCAAGAGCAAGAGCAGGAGGAGGAGGAGGAGGAGGAGGUGGAGGAGGAGGAGGAGGAGGAGGGGGAUGAAAGAGUUGGGGAAGGUGCCCCUCUUGUGGAGGGACUGCUUCCUUGCAUCGACAUGUGCAAUCACGAUCGCACUGCGAAAGUGAAGUGGGAAGUGGAUGAUGCUGAUGGUUCGGCUUGUGGCAUUCCCCACGGAAUCUAUCUCCACACACUCCCUGAGGAAACUUUGGAAGGAGGAGAAGAGAUAUGCAUUAGCUAUGGUGAUAAGGGGAACGAGGAGCUGCUUUUCCUAUACGGCUUCGUUUUGAACGAUAACCCGAAUGAUUCGUUAAUGGUUCAUUACCCCCUCGAGAGGAGCGAGCUCGAUGAUCUCUGGGAAUGGAUGGUGGUCCUUCUGCAGGCACAGCUAAGUCCCGUUCGCUGGCAUCUAUCCCUGUCUCAGCUAGAGAGAGAGAAUGGUUGCGAGCAUGCUGUAUCAAAAAACGGCGAUGAAGAGUGUCCAAACUCCACGGCAGGCUUGCAUGUCAACCAUAGCCAGAAGCUGCAGAGUGUGGCUAUGGCUGGAACUGAGCCUCCGUCGUCUAAUAAGACGGAGGAGGGAGACACACCACACGUUGAGUUUGAAAAGCUUUGUGAUGCGAGGACAAGCGCCUUAGGCGAUUGGAGCGGAGGAGAGAGAAGCGACGAUGACAGGUCGAGUGAGGAGGAGGUGAAGAUGGGUGAAGGGUCAGCUUCAGAUGUAUCGGAGAAGAAAGAGAAUGGGUUCACGAAGAUCAACUUCGAUGAGGACAUGCUUGCGGCGCUGCGUGUUCUCUCCAUGCACAAGGAGGUCCUGAUCAAGGCGGUGGAGGCGUGGAGCGAGAACAAGGAAGGCACCAGAGAAGAUGACGAUAUGUUGCGGGCUCGGGAUUUCGUCAAGCGGAUUUGUUUCAAUGGUUCUGCAUCGUCGAGUGAUCGUCCGGCCAUGGAGGUUUUGAAAUCGCUUUUGGAAGAGCGGCUCGGCGACAUGGAACGAGGCACGGGAACUGAGUGCGAUGACGCUGACCUCCUCCUCCUCCUUUGUAACCUGCUUCGCCGGUCGGAUGCGGAGCAGCAGCCUUCCCGAGGGCGACAGUGUGCCGAGGCGACGGGCAAGGGGUUGGGGUUGCUGAAUCGGGAGCCGUUGGAUCGAGCAGAGGCGAUUGGCAUCAUGUCAUCUGAGCAAACGACGAACCUGGAAUUGCUGAUUGGUCCGUCGUCGUCAAACGUGCGAAGGCACGUUUUGUAUUCUUGCGUUGUCUACCGGAAAAUGCAGAAGCAAUUGGCGCGACGUUUUCUUGAAGCAGUCGAGACAAUCUUAGCAGCGAAAUAUUAGUAGAGACUUUUAGCGCGCAAAAUUCGGAGCAAGUUUGUGGACUUUUUUCUUUUUUCUUUUUCUUCACCUAACCAAACUGUGUACUGCUGCAGGUUUUUCUUUUGACAGUUGGAAAGCCUUCAAGUCUACAAAGGCCAUAUACACGUAUGUACGUUUUCGUGUCAGUUGGAAAGCCGUCAAGUCUAUGAAGGAAUAUGACUGCCUUUGUAGUCAGGUACAUUUCAGCAAGUCCAGGUGCGAACAUGCCCUAAUCUUCAUUUUCAUUUUCAACUUUUCGUGAGGAGGACACAUCUCAAGUCUCAAGUCGAGUCAUUCAGAAUUUCGGAGCUUGAAGAGAUUUCAAAAUUCAAAACCUUACGCUUGAUUAAUGCAAAGGAAGC